UCCGGAAGUGCGUCAGACGCACAGCUUUAGUUAAGUGACAGCCGUCGACUCCGUCCCUUGUGACUCACAGCCAAACGACGUUCGUCCAGGAUCGGGCCCUCGUCUGACAGCUCGGUGCGUGAACCCUUUUCUAUUCCGCGGCACCUACUAUGGAGGCCACCGACCCCCGGUCGUCGAGUCACGGCGGACCGGCCAGCAGAGGAGGGUACCCGGGCGGGGAGAGCCGCAAAGACCGCGACGUACCGGGCGGCGGUAACGGGGAAGACGAUCGGGACCGAGGCAGCUUCGAGUGCAACAUUUGUUUUGACACGGCGAAGGACGCUGUCAUCAGUAUGUGCGGCCACUUGUUCUGCUGGCCUUGUCUCCAUCAAUGGUUGGAGACGAGACCCAGCAGACCACAGUGUCCUGUGUGUAAAGCCGGCAUCAGCAGGGACAAGGUCAUCCCGCUGUAUGGAAGAGGGAGUUCCAGUCAAGACGACCCCCGGUUGAAAACUCCCCCACGGCCUCAGGGACAGAGAACUGAGCCAGAAAGCAGAGGCGUUCAGAUGUUCCAGGGUUUCAGCGACACCAGUUUUCACAUGUCGUUUGGCAUCGGCGCGUUCCCCUUCGGCUUCUUCACGACCGUCUUCAACGGCAACGACCCUUUUCACCGGGCAGACCAAUACGCAGGUGAAGCCCAAGGCAACGGCGGUCACGUCAACAACGGGAAUCAUAAUUGGCAAGAUUGCCUCUUCCUGUUCGUGGCCGUUUUCUUUUUCUUCUGGCUGCUGAGCGUGUGACGAAGACGCCGAGCGGCUAAGACGGACGGACUGACAAGAGGGGAAGGGAUGGGGCUCGCUCGCUGAGAAUUGCACACCUAACCUGAGCCACAUACGCAUUCGUGUUUUGUUUCCGAUGAGGUAAUAACUUGGGAGAGCAGUUGUUUGCAAAAAAAAAAAAAAAAAAGUCACAUCAAGCCCUGCCAAACUGCCUUUUGUCAAUAUGAAACAGUAAAAAGCAGCUGUUGAAUUGGCCUCCCGCCCGACACACAACAUCACCACCUCAACACACAACAUCACCACCUCAACAUACAGCCGCAGAUAUUCGCUCACAGAUACAAGGGCGGCAAUAAACUACAAUGGGCUCGAUGUAAGAUAAAUUAGUCUUGUCUUUAAGGGGUCAGCAGAGAUAGUAUCAUGUGACAAGGAGGACCAGGCCUUUCUCCGAGUGUAGUGACUGUAAUUCAUCCCCCCCAAGCUGAGAACAGUGGGAGAGUCGCGGCGGACAAGGAGAGCUAACACCGGUGGUAACCAUAACAACCGUUUUUCUUGCCUCUAAAAGGCCAAAGAGUAGCAGUUUGGUUCUGAGUAAUUGGGUUUGUGUGUAUGUUUAACUCAAUUUGUCUUAAAAAUGACUGCCAGUGCACUGUGAUGUCAUUUGAACAUGUUCUCAAUCACUUUUUUUUUUUUUUUGUAGCAAAGCUUCCCAAAAUAAGAACAGGAAUUGAAGAGUACAAAAAGCGAAAUCUCAAUGAACCAUAUUGGGAAAAUGAUUUCACUUAAUUACCAAGCACUCUCUGCAGUUCAGUGAACUGUGCUUUUUUUGGGAUCUCGACUACAAACCGCAUCCUGUAUUGUCCGAGCGAGCGAUGCAUUUGUAUAUAGAUUUGUACAUUUUUUUUUUUUUUGGUUUUUGUUAUUUUAAAUUCAUUUUUAGUUAUGACACUGAUAACCAGGAUGCUUUUUGUAAAUUUUGCCUCCCAAGGUUAACACAUCUUCUGGGCAGUGUUUACCAUUAAAAAAAAACAAAAAAGCAAAGCUGGAGCUUGUAUUCCGACUGAUUACUGAUCCUCUUUGGGAUGACACGGGCGCUAAUUUUGGGUCGCAUAUUUGUCUUGGUUAUUUACAAAGGCUAAUGUGAGAAGCAAGACAUGAAAAUUUCCAUUAAAAGCACCACCAUGAAGCUGUCAUACUAAU